CUUGUUUUUUUUUUCCGUUGAUUUUUUUAUUUUUGUAUCUCUGCUUCAUUUGUAUAAAUUUGGGAUUCUUGGCGAAAUUAGAAUCCCACAAGCUUUCUUUUCAGAAUCUUCAAACCGCUGAUGUGAGAACUGAGGAUUCUUUCUCUUCUGUAGAUUCGUGGAAGCUGGAAAUUGGUUUUCAGAGGAAUUAUAAAUCUCAGGGGCUUUUCUCCUGUUAAUCCAUUUGAUCUUCAACGAUUUUGUCCACUCUAUUCAGAAGAAAAGAUUUUGAGGGAUCCGUGGAAUUUAUUUCUUGAAUGAGAGGAAUUCUGCCAUUCUAGUCUUUUAUAUAAAAGUCGGGCUUCGUGUGUCUGUGUUUCUGUCGGAAUGGAGAUGAGAUUGUUGAGAUGAGAGAAAGAGGAGGUUUGAUCUUUGAUGCUUCGAGUUCGAGUAAAUUGAUGAAGAAGCAAAGAAGAUGACCAUGGAUCGAAAUCAGAGAUCCGAGAACGCGGAAGCGGCAGGGAGAGGGGGAGCGGCGGUGGCGAUUGAAUGCUUGAAAGGGAGCUCGAAUGCCGACGAAUGGAACGGGAACUUGCUCCAGACGGGCGAUAUCGUGGAGGAGCUCAAGAUCGGGAGCUAUAUGUGUGUCAGAUCUCCGUUCAAGAACGGCAAGAGCGGUGUGCAGAGGCUACUGCACGAUUCCUUCAAGAAGAAGGUGACGUCGAUUCAAGUUCGAGUCCGUCGAGGGACGGACGAGUUCAUCGAGUUGCAGGCUUGCAUCGUUCCGAACGAAUCGGCCGGGAGGAAACAGUACAUGCUUCGGUCGAUCGGGGAUCCUAACUACGCCGUCGGGUUUGCCGACCGGACGGAAAUCGAGUGCCUGGAGUUGCAAGGAUCAAGAAGCUCCAGGGUGAUGUAUGCACUAAACAGAGCUCAGCUUCAAGAUGGAUACGUAUCAUAUCCGUGGGAGAAGAGGAUGCAGGAAGUACUCCCUGUGCACAAUUCAAGCUGCUUUUUGUCUCUGCUCCUUCUUCCCAAGGCCUCUGACAGGGUUUCUUCUCGGUACAAUGACCUGGAGGACACACUUUCCAGGGCCAACGCUUGGCUUAAUGCGUCACAGGCCACUGGAGUACCCAUUGUGUUCAUGAAUAUACAGACAGAGUCUCUUCUUACCAAGAUAUCGGGGGAAACAGCUUCAUCCACUGUCAAUGCUGGAUCUUUAUCUGACCUAUCGAACCUUGCAAAUGUGAGCCUCUAUGGUUUUGAAGAUUACCAUGGGGUUGACAUUGGUGUGGUGAGAGCAGUUCGUCUCUGGUAUGCUCCCAUUGGUGGAGAGUUUGCGUUGGAGAUCCAAUUAAGGGAAGGAGACACAAAGCUCGGAUUUGCCAUAAGUCGAACAGAAGAGGGCUUCAUUUACAUUUCGUCUGUAAUGGAUGGUGAAGAGGACGUUGCCUCAACUCGAUCAGGACUUAGAGAUCUGUACAAAGAGGCUACUAGAGCUUGUAAGCUUCUGGUGGUCUCAAGAGUAUCCAACCAGAAGGUUCUUCCUUGGAUGGUGUCAUCGACAGGAGCUAUCCGGUGCUACGACACUGUCUCACUCAGCCAGAAGCUAUCAUUGCACCGCCAUGCUUUGAGGCCGAUUCUCAUUCAUGUGUUGAUGUGGGAUCGGGCAUUGGCUUCUCAGAGUGGAGGUAUUGCCAGGUUUAGGGCCAAUCCGGUGCCAGUCAUGCCCCUACCAGCUGAAAUUCAGUUACCACGUCCUAGCAACGAUAGCCAAAUACUACCUUUACCACCUGAAGUUCCACUGCCACAGUCACCACGUAUUGGUGAAGGACCAGAGCCCAGGUUUGAGAGAGACACAGCUGGUGAAUUAUCUUUCAGGUUCCAUGAUUUUUCGCUUUCAAGCAGUUGGGUAUGACCUUGUUCUCCUUACCUGUUUGUUGUUGUAAAUAUAUGAUAUUAUGACUUGAGUUGAUCUCCUUCUUCCUGUGUGCCACUGAUCAAUUGGUUGAUUGAUAUCUAAUGAAAUAAAAGGUACAAUUUGGUUCACCAUUGUCAACGGAUGGCUGUCAAACGUCAUGUUGACGUUUGUAUAUCAAUCUCCCAAUUUCAGAGAUUGCGGCUUGUGGUGCAGGGAUUAGAAUAUUGACGGUCGUUGCUUGAUUCGAGAAUGUUCUUUUUUAUGUUUCCAGAAUACAGGACUAGAAUUUUUACAGGUUUUAGGUGGGUUUGACAUCUCAAAAUGCCGAUGGGUCCCAACUCUUUUCUCUCCGCAUGCAAAAAUGUGUUCAGUUUCAGUUUUGUAUACUUUGAAAAAAUAAGUGCAAUAUAAAAUUCUUUUGGGGCUGCUUUUGAUUAA